AUGUCUAUUGCCGUCGACGGAAAUAUUAGCUUCGAGGACUUCCUGGGCCUCCAAGUCUGCCUAGUCGAGUGGGCCGACAGCUACGACACUAAGGACUGGGCUCGGCUGCGAAAGUGUAUCGCGCCCACGUUGCGGGUCGACUACCGCUCCUUUCUAGACAAGCUUUGGGAGGCCAUGCCGGCCGAAGAGUUCAUCGCUAUGAUCUCCUCGCCGGCCGUGCUCGGGGACCCUCUGCUCAAGACCCAACACUUCAUCGGCGGCAGCAAGUGGGAGCGCGUGUCGGAUACUGAGGUCGUCGGUACGCAUCAGCUCCGCGUGCCACACCAGCGCUACACCGAUAUGUCGCGCUCCGUCGUCGCCGUCAAGGGUCACGCUCACUCCACCAACGUUCACUGGUACCGCAAGGUCGACGGUGUUUGGAAGUUCGCCGGGCUCAGCCCGGACAUCCGCUGGAGCGAAUACGACUUCGAAAAGGUCUUCGCGGGCGGCCGGGAGGAGUACGGUCAGGACGACGUAAAGGCUGAGGACAUCCCUAUCCAGGCCUGA